CGCGCUCAGCGUCGGCGCCCGCUGCAGCCCCGCGCCCCGGCGCCCCUCGGCCGGACGACAUGGGCCAGGAAGAGGAGCUGCUGAGAAUAGCCAAAAGGCUGGAGAAGAUGGUGGCGAGGAAGAACACGGAAGGAGCCCUCGACCUUCUGAAGAAGCUGAACAGCUGUCAGAUGUCCAUCCAGCUGCUGCAGACAACCAGGAUUGGGAUUGCUGUGAAUGGGGUUCGCAAGCAUUGCUCAGACAAGGAGGUGGUGUCCUUGGCCAAAGUCCUCAUCAAAAACUGGAAGCGGCUGCUGGACUCUCCUGGAGCCCCCAAAGGAGGAGAAGAAAGAGAGAAAGUAAAGAAGAAGGAAAAAAGCUUUGACUGCUCAGAUUGGAAGCCAGAGGCAGGCCUUUCCUCACCCAGGAAGAAAGGAGGGGAAGAGCCCAAAAACAGGAGAGACUCUGUGGAUUCCAAGUCUCCCACCACCUCUUCUCCAAAAAGGCCUUCGGUGGAAAGAUCAAACAGCUGCAAAUCGAAAGCAGAGACCCCCAAGACCCCCAGCAGCCCUUUGACUCCCACGUUCGCUCCGUCCGUCUGCCUCCUGGCCCCUUGCUAUCUCACUGGGGACUCGGUGAGGGACAAGUGCGUGGAGAUGCUGUCUGCCGCUCUAAGGGCAGAAGAAGAUUUCAAGGACUAUGGAGUCAACUGUGACAAGCUGGCAUCAGAAAUUGAAGAUCAUAUCUACCAAGAGCUCAGGAGCACGGACAUGAAGUACCGGAACCGCGUGCGCAGCCGCAUCAGCAACCUCAAGGACCCCAGGAACCCGGGCCUGAGGCGGAACGUGCUCAGUGGGGCUAUUUCCACAGGACUCAUUGCCAAGAUGACGGCAGAGGAAAUGGCCAGUGAUGAGCUCAGGGAGCUGAGGAACGCCAUGACCCAGGAGGCCAUCCGGGAGCACCAGAUGGCCAAGACUGGCGGCACCACCACCGACCUCUUCCAGUGCAGCAAGUGCAAGAAGAAGAACUGCACCUACAACCAGGUGCAGACACGCAGCGCCGAUGAGCCCAUGACCACCUUUGUCUUGUGCAACGAGUGCGGGAAUCGGUGGAAGUUCUGCUGACAGACCCUGUCUCCAGGAUGGCCCUGAACCCCUGAACGAGGUGAGGAAGAACAAAGAGGAAGCAUAACCCAUCUGACCUGGAGCAAAAAUAAAAGUUUAAAUGAAGUUAAA